AUGAAAUUCUUCACCCUCUCCACCACUCUCCUUGCCGGCCUCGCCAUCGCCUCCCCAGUUGCCGAUCCCAAGCCGGAGCCUGAAGCCGAUGUAGACGUCUACGUCGAGAAACGCAUCGCCCCAGCAGUCGUGGGCAUGGCAAUUCUCACCGGUGUCGUCUCAGGUCUCGUCGGAGCAGCCGCACGCGAAGCGAUCAGCACGAUCAAAGACGUGAGGAAUUGGGAUGAUGCCCGCGAAAAAUUCACCACCCGUACAGUCGAACUUAUGGUCCGUAAAGCUCAUGCCAAGGAAGCUGCAGUUUGCGUUAAUGUGGGCUAUUCUGUCGAUGACGAAAGCAAGAUUCGUGAUCGCAUCAGCUUGGAUUAUAAGAUGGGUAAUUUGCAUACUGAUUACGACUGCUUCUACCUGAGCGGUCCAAGUACGUUCCAUUUGGAAGGUGAUGGAGGUUUUAUCAAUAUUGCCGUUCAGAGUGGGCCAUGCAAGUACGACAGAGGCACUCUGACUUGCCCGCCAUAG